AUGUGCUACUGUGGCAGCCACUAUGGUGGCCUGGGCUGUGGCUAUGGUGGCCUUGGCUCUGGCUCUGGUGGCUAUGGCAUCUAUGGUUAUGGCUGUUGCUGCCCCUUGUGCUGUAGAAGAUACUGGUCCUAUAGCUUCUACUGAGGAAUUCUCACAGCUUCUUAGCCUACUUGCUUUAAACAUUGUUUUACUGAAAUAUCUGCAAAUUUUUAAAUGAUGCAUUUUGAAAUGUCUUGAA